GGGUGUUUACGCUUACGCUUACGCAUUUCGCCUGAGAAUAAUGCAUGAAAGAGGCCUGAGUUUGGUGAAGAGAGAAAUUGGAGUUGACCCGGUGAGACAGGUUUCCUCUGCCGAUAAAAUGCUUUUCAUUCGCAGUCAACAUGCAAGCAUGAUCAGUGGUUUACAUAGUCGACUUCCUAUAUAUGCAUCAGUUGCAAGGCUUGCAAAACGAUGGUUUCCUGCGCAUCUGUUUUCUUGUUGCCUGGCAGAAGAGGCCAUUGAACUUUUGGUUGCUUAUGUCUUCCUAACGCCUCUCCCACUUGGUGUUCCUUGCUCCCCGUAUCGACGGAUUUUUAAGGUUCUUUCGAUUACUAGCAGACUAUGACUGGUUGUUCUAUCCGUUGAUUGUUGACAUAGACAACGAAUGAAUUUGGCAGAAAUAAAGAGAAGGAGAUCAAUGUGAUGUGUUAUAAUGCUUCUAAUGAUGAGCAACAUUUGUUAGGACUGCCAUAUGUAAAUGCUUUAUGGUUUUAUAGGAUAACUUCAUGUCAAGUAGAAAGGGAUACGAAGAGGACAGACAAAACAUAAGUUCAGCCACGUUCUUGGCUGCUCCUUAUGACAAGGCAUCAGAAGCAUGGACAACAACUUCACCAAAUUUUAUCGGAACAAAAAAGGUUGGUGGCUUAUGCUCGAAGCAGCGCAAACGUGUUAAGCAAGCUGGUAUUGCAAAGAACAUUAAUUAUUUCGUUCAAUGGGAGGGAAACAUGUAGCACGUGGAAAGGCGAGUACAGCAUUUAAUCCCUUUUUGUUGCCUGGAGAUUUGAAGAGAAGCCCUGAGGAGCUUAAGAAUUUAAUGGUGGACUUGGAGCCAACCAAGUGCUUCAUGAGUGGGUUGCAGGAUGAGUUUGGGACGUUGAAGCCGUGGUAUGAUCAUAUAGGAGGCGACACGGUUGGUUUAGCUUGGACUAAACACAAUUCAAAGAAACGAGAACGAGAUGAAGAGGAAGUGGAAACUAAUCCAAUAGGAGAUGUUAAAGGCGGUAGGCGAAAUGGGUAAAGGGUUGGUGAGAGAUAUCUACUUGCUCAAGCCUCCACGCUUUCUUCUGUAAGAUGAUGACAUUGUAAUGUAUUUUUACUCGGGCAUCUUCCGCGAAAGUAUGUUUUUAUUGUUUUUGUUUCAACUUGUCCGAAACUUGACAUAAUGUUUUCUUUAUUUUUACGUAAUGGAUAGAAUCUGUUUGAUUAGAACUCAAAAA